AUGCCGUGCAAAUGCUGUGUACCUCGAUGCCGCGGUAACUACACGGGGGACACGAAGGUGCACGUCUUCAAGUUCCCGAGAGACCAAGCUCUGAGGAACGCUUGGAUUCGUGCUGUGCCACGGGAAAACCUCACGGUCACCGAAAAUUCCAGGGUAUGCGAACUUCAUUUCAUGGACGAGGACAUUAUUCGAGUCGCGACGCAUACAGAUCAAGCAACUGGCCGCGUAAUGACAGUGCCUCUAGCUCAUGUGCGCCUUCGCCCAGACGCUGUACCGUCGAAGUUCCCGAAUUGUCCGAGCUACAUGUCCAGAAAGACCGCGAGAAGGGAAGAUCCUGACUCCAAGCGCGCGCGCAUAGAGAAUGCAGCCCUCCAGAAAGCCAUCGCUGAAUCCAACGAGGCGUUUAUCAGAGCACGCGAGGAGGAUAAAGUCAACAGUUUGAGCGAACUUGCCAACCACUUGAGGAGCCAAGGGAUGAAGUUCUGGGAUGUAAUCGAAAGAAAUGAAAGGCUUCUCAUUCACAUCGUCGACGAUGAAGCGCCGUGGUUGAAAUACUCUGUUUGCGUGAAAGGAGACUUGAGCGUUACAGUACACGUCAUGAAAACAGCCGUAAAAAAGCUAGGCGCAAAUCUCUGCGUUCCCAAUAUCGCUAACAGUAAAAGGGGUAUGGUGGAACUCCUGGAAGGCAUCGAGAAGUGGGACGGUGACCUGAUGUACAACUCAGUCGCGGAAAUUUGCGAGGCGGUUUGUUUACUGCUAGAUCAGCUUUGCACGUCCCAAGCAGAAGACGACGCCAACUGUAUUCAAUUUCUGAAGGAGCAAGUCACCUUGCACCUAUCGAAAAAACAGCGCAGGCGCUACUCUGCUGAUUUCAUGAUGUUCUGCUGCAUUCUUUUCACUAUAUCGCCCCAUGCGUACGCGUUCAUGCGCAGCCAUGGAAGCAUCACCUUGCCGCAUCCUAUGACAAUCAGAUCAGUGUGCUCGUCUUAUGGCAUGAGUCCUCAACAAGAGCAUCAGAGCGAAACAUUCCUCAGCUAUAUGGCAAAAAGAAUUUCUGACCUGAAAGAUGACCAGCGCUUUGUCACAGUUAUGGUAGAUGAAAUACAUAUAAAACCAUACUUUGACUACAAAGGGGGUAAUAUUACCGGCGUCGCGCUCGAUAGAAAUGACGUUGCUAACUGUGCGCUCGUUUUCAUGGUGCGCAGCCUGACGUGUAAAUUCAAAGAAGUUGCGCACAUCGUGCCAGUGCACCGAGUAGAGGCGGAGUUCCUGCAAAACACGCUUAAAGAAGUGGUUUGCGGCUGGAAAAGAUUGGGUACCGGGUUAUCUUCGGAUGCAGCCACGGCACUCGUUUCCGCGAACGACGGCGCGUCGGCUGUCUACUACAGUGGUGGCGGCGCCCGGCGGAUAAAAGCCCGCACUAAUGCGACGGUCGGUUCCCAACGGCCGGACUCCGACUCUCUCCUCCGCUCCCCCUUACGGCCUUUGCAAUGA